CUGAAUAGGAUGGACUGUAAAAGAGGAAAUGUGGCUUCUUCUACACAGGACAAAGUUAUUAAGUCAGGUUUAUUGGGGAUUCAGAUUUCUUUAGGUGCUGAGGUAGUAAGUGACAUAAACAAUGAAAAGGUGGAGAAGAAAGGAAAAGCAUUCCAUACAAAACGAUUUUUGUUACACAUGUUUGGAGAUACACUCAUUUCAGCUGCAGUAAUAGUGAGUUCUGGUAUAUUCUACUUUUCGCCUCUGGACCCAAAAGCCCAAUGUAAUUGGAAGUGUUAUGUGGAUCCUGCCGUCAUACUCAUUACAGUUGUCAUUAGAGUAAUGCUCCUCUAUCCUGCCCUUAAAGUAUAUGUAACCAACUUGAUGCAGAUGGCACCUGAAGGAGUUCAAGUGGAUAAGAUUUGUGCAGACCUGAUGAAGAUCACUGGUGUGCAGGGAAUUCAUGAGCUUCAUGUAUGGGCAUUGGAGACGGACUGUAACAUUGCCACUCUACAUGUAAAGUGUGCAGACUCAGUUGCAUAUGAGAAAUUGUGCUGUCAGACAAGAGAAAUCUUUCACAAAGCUGGGGUCCAUUCCAUCACCAUCCAGCCUGAAAUGACCCAUCAGGAAGAGCCAACAGAGGCUGUCCUCUCCUGUACAGCCCCCUGCCAGUUUAAGACAUGUCAAUCAAUGAUGUGCUGUGCGCUUUUCUCUGAACGUGGCAAAGGCCACAGCGAGGAUAGCAGCUAUCCAGCAGAUGUUUCUCUUCCUAAGUCCAACAUCCUGGGAAAUGAUGGCAUAAAUGUCACUCAGCUCUAGGGGGUUUACUGCCUUUCUGUACCCUAGGGGGUUUACUGCCUUUCUGUACUCUAGC